CUUGAUUUAUCGAUAAGAGUGUAGAAAAUGUAAUGCAAGCAAAACACUUCAUACGUACGACUUGUGGCUGAAUCGUUCAAAGCGGUGGCGAUCUGUGCUCCAGCACACACUUACUAUCUCGUAGUCAGUACACACGCUUACACUAUAGAGGAUUACACGAUACACGGAAUUAGCAGCUAACAGUGAUGGUGAAUAUGACGAACACCACUAGCGCUUACGACCCGCAGUUUGUUGGUCUGCAAUUUGCCAAACAAUACUAUACGAUGCUAAGCAAGAUGCCCGAACAAAUACAUCUUUUUUAUAAACCCGCUUCUGUCUUUGUCCAUGGCGAAGAAGAGGGCGUGUCAUUGAAUGUAGCCGCUGGUCAGGGGGAGGAGGCGUUCAACAAAUACAUAGAAUCUCUGAAGAUAGAGUCAUGCAGUACAUCAAUCACGCGUAUAGAUGCUCAGUCCCUACCUGCUGGUUCCAUCCUUGUGAUGGUGACUGGGCGUAUGGCCCGCAAUGGGGAUGACGCACGUCUAUUCGUGCAAACGUUCGUUUUGGCACCGCAGGAUCGAGGCUUCUACGUACACAACGACAUUUUCCGCUUCUUGCGAGCCCAAGAGGUUGUCUGUCAGAAAAUGGAAGUUGAGAACGAAAACCAAGGCGAAAAAGGGGUACAACACGGCUCGCGAGACAUUGUGAGUGCUCAACUCAAUGGAGCACACCCAGAUCCCGAGAACCCGAGUUCCAAGGUAGAUGCGAUUAAGCUAGCUAACCAGACCGUGGUGGAUGUUGCUGCGGCACCUGCCAUAGAUAAACCAAUCAUCCCCGAGUCCUCCUCUCAUGCCUCACAAGAAGCCACCAUGGACAGUGAGGACCUGCUACGCGAGACUGAUGCGAGUGAAGUUAUUACACCUGAUCAAGCACCUGUUGCUGGUGUGAAAGAAGUGUGCUCGUCCGAUUCUACUGCAAAUGCGGGUGGACAGGCCCCGUCUGAACAGUCAACAUCUGCGGACGGGGACGCUAACAUUAUCUCAGAAAAAAAUGCUAACCACACCGAAAAGAAGGAGAAGCGUGCUUCUACACCUACAGGCGUUAAAAGCUCAUCAACCACGCCUGGUUCGUCAGCGCAAACAGGUAAAGGUAGUGGUAGCGUACAUAAUAAGAGCGGUCAAAAAACCAAGGGGGGAAAUAAGCUGCAGACUGCAACUGCCAACACACACGCAAACAAACCUAUACCAUCUUCCAUCACUCAGAGUGGUAUCCAUGAUCAAGUUUCGGCGCCCGGUUCUACGGUAACGAGUGUCACAGCGCAAAGCAAAACCCCUACGGUAGUAGUCGCUUCCAAGCCUGCCGUGCCGGAGGCACCUAAAACUUUUGCACAGAUGGCUCAACUGGCUGCACAGAAAAAACAAUCUGCCGAGCAGCAUCCACGAGUAGCGCAGCAGAGUCAAGCAAAGGUUGGGAACGGAGGUACAGUUGGUAACGGCGGGUCGGGCAAGAGCCACAACAGUAGUAACAGUACUCAGCAUCAGCACCACAAUCAACAUGCUCAGCGAAAGCAAUCUGAUGGACAGGCACGCGGUAAUGUAAGCCAUGAUCGAAAUAACAGCAAUGGGAGACAAAAUAACAGCAGAAACGGUGAGAAGUCAAACACCAGCGGACCCAAUGGUAACAAUCAUGGCAACAGAAACAACAAAGCUGUAAGAUCCAACGGGAUCUUUAUCUCUGGUGUGCCUAUAUCUGUUUCCGAUGAUAUGAUCAGAACAACUUUCGCCAUAAUUCCUACGCAUAUGCGAGUUGAGAAGUGUGAGCGAAAUUUGGAGAAGAGGAUUGCAUUCGUUUACUUCAAUAACCCUGAGGCCGUGAAGUGGGUGCUCAGCAAUGGCCCCUGGAAGAUUGAUGGUAAUAAUGUGUUAAUUGACGAACGUAAGGAGAAGGCCAGACGGUAAUUGGAAGAUAUAUGUCUGAUAUCACAGAUCCCGCGGCUGUACUACUCCUUGACUAUGCUCUUGUGCGCGCGUCAAAACUACAGCACUUUAAGAGGUUAUAGCUCCUAUGAGAUUUGAAUGAUAGCUGCGCGUUUGAUUUCAAUCGUUUGUGCGAAUGGCUAUUGGCUUGCUGGGUUAGGGCAACUACUCCUCAACCUCCGUGUGAUCUUACCAGGCAGAAAAAUCCAAACAAGAAUGAAUGACCACGAAGCGUGUGGUGCGACCUGGUAAUCGUAAUAUUAGCAUGCGUAGAGGGUGGAUUGUGCACGUAACGUUACGUAGAAUUCGAUUGCGAGGUUGCCUGGCUUCUUUACUCAAACUUUAGCAGCAGACCAGUUGAUUGGGUUGAUGCUUCGGAUUGAAUUUGAGUACAACCAUGUAGGUGCUUUCGGACUCGAGAGACAUUUGGCAUUUUGAUGUUAACUCGUUGCGCAGAGUUGUGACGAGAAAUUUCCUACGGAAACGAGUGGAACCCCGUCGAACAUGUUUCGUUCGCUAUUAGGCACAGGAUACUUAGCAUAUAGGUAUAUGUGAAAACCACGUUACUCUUAGUGCUUUCUGUGUCAUGGUAUAAACGCAGGCAACGCGCAAGUCUGCAAUAUUUAGAAAGCAAGCGGAUGUCAUGCAGUUUUUCACUUAGUAUUCAAAACUUAUUACAAUUUUUGGGUCGUGUCCUGUAUUUAUUGAAACUUCAAACCCCUAUCAUACUAGACCGCUGCGCCUGAUACACACUUCGUCCGUCUGUUCUGCACGUGCUAAACACUCGCAAGGGUCAGAGGUCGAAAGGUUCUUAUACUUUGUGAGCUAAUCAAGCAGAUGUAGAUUCCCUCAACUGCGUGCAUAAUCCGAGGAGUGUCAAGUACAUAAUUUUGACGAUUAUACACCUUACAAUACGGCAUAUUCGCGCUGAAAACCAUCCGUCGGCCUCACAGACUCGUAGACGAAUUUCUGUCGCUCACCACCAAAAAAACCCCGAUCAAUAUGCAAAGGCGUCAGGGCACCGGGCAGUUUGAUAGAAACGACGUGCGCAACCGCGUCGUUAUGUUGUUCAUUAAGAAACAUCGCCGACAUAUGUAUUCUUGGUACACUACACACUCAAAAUGUGACGUGCUUAUGAACGACGAAGUUCGAGGUGUAAUUUGACAAUUUGCUUCUAUAUUCAAGCCAAAUUCUGGGCUCAAAGCUCGGGUAGUUCGUCUUCAGUCACUAUUUUGAUAGACCAACCGUAGUUCGAAGGUUUCAGCACAAUAACAGAAUGCUGCGGUGCUUCUAUCAUGGGUGCUUUCUCCAUAGCUAUAUUCUGGAAAUAGGCCAAUAGAGAUUGAAUGGUACUGAGAUGGCUGACUACUAAUACGGGAUUGAACGUGUGCUCUAUUUGCAGGACAACAUCCACCAAACGUUGAUUCAAGUCAUACAAAGAUUCCCCUCCUGGAAAUCUGUAGCGAAAAGGAUCAAUUUUCCACAAGUUGAAUUCCGCUGGAUACUCCCUCCUAAUACUGCUGACCUUCAACCCGUGCAUUAUUCCCGUGUUCAACACACUUAAGGCUGACCAUUCCUCUAUUCUGUCUUCAUCAUAUUCCAUCAACGGCAUGGCAGUGGCCACAGCUCUGGGAAGAGUGCUCGUGUAUGUGUCGAUCUCCGCUUCAGCACCCUGUUCCUGACGAAUGAAUUUGGCCACUCGCUGCGCGAAGCGAUUGCCACUAUCACUCAAUUCCGCACUUGCUGUUGCCAUAGACGGCAUGUAGACCUCGUCCAUACGUGUUGAAAAGCAUCGCAACAAUUGGGAGCCUGUUUUAGUAGCAUCCGCAGUUUUCAUGCUACUUUCAGGUGCAGUCGACUUAUCUAGAGCUACUGCGUUGACUUGUUGGGCUAUAACCUUGCUCCCUUCUGCAUAUGGGCCUCUAGCUCGACCAAGUAUUUCAUCCUGGCAGCCCAAAACAGCCUUCACUUGUUUUCGCAGUCCUGACAUAUCAACUAUUCCAUCGCAAUGCCCGGCGCGACACAAAUAGACCGGGCGUGUGUAAACAUUGCACGACAUCAAUAGUUGUACCACACGUAAAGGGGUUUUACCAAAUACGUUGCUGCAAACAACCUUUGCAUUGAGAUUUAUAACCUUAACAUAUGAUAGCUUCUCCGAAUCGUCUACCUCCUCAUACACACUUUCGUAACGCUUAAUGCGUUCGCGUAAAUCACGCAGUGCGUCCUCUUCAGCCAUAUUUUGAAAAUCGGGAGACCCGCGAAUUUUUUGCCUCAAAUUGACAUCCAAGACCUCUGGGUCGUCGCAAAUACUCUCUAAACAAAUAAACGUCACCUUCACACUUGUUUUCUCGAACUCCUUGAUCUUCUCGUAGAUCAUUCUCCUACGUUCCCUUGUAG